UCGAGUCUUCAAGAUCACAUUAAUACCCUUCUACUGAACUUCUUCAUUAUCAAAAUAACCCGUGGUAUUUUCGUGAAUUUAUUCAAAGUUGAGGUUGUUUCAGCUAAGGGCUGGAAGUUGGUCCUCCUUUUUGAUCUCACCAUUCCCUACUUCUCUUCUCUCAAUUUUCUCUCUUUCCAAACAGAAUUACUCCAAUUUUCUAUCCCUAUAAUUCUUUCUCAAUUUUCUCUUAGAAAUAUUUUUAUUUUUUCCUUAUUAGCAAUGAAAAUAUUUUUCAACGAUGAAAAAUUGUGAACUUUGUAAUGGAUUGGCUAGGAUAUACUGUGAAUCAGACCAUGCGAAUUUGUGUUGGGACUGUGAUAUGAAGGUGCACUCGGCGAACUUUCUUGUAGCGAAGCACUCGAGGUCGUUACUAUGCCACGUGUGCCAAUCGCCAACGGCUUGGUCGGCUACAGGUGCGAAGAUUGGCCGGACAGUCUCUGUAUGUGAAAGAUGCUCGAACAACAACAAUAAUACACCCAGUAUAAUCCCACAAGUGAGAAUUCGUGAGGGUAGAGUGUACGUAGAUAUUAUCCCUACCUUGGCAGGUAGAGAUGAAAUUGAUGGAGAAGAAGACGAAAGAAUAGAUGAUAAUAAUGAUGUUGAGCAGGAGGAGGAGGAGAUUGAUUUAGAGGAUAUUCAGGUUGUUCCAUGGUCAUCUACUCCUCCUCCACCACCGCCGUCAGGUUCAUCGAGCAGCAGCGAAGAGUCGUUGAAGCGAAUGCGUGAAGAUGACGUAUGA